UGUGAGGACACCUCCAGAGGAGCUACUAGUCACCGAACUGCACAUACACAUGAAGUUGCAGGCUCUGAGAAGAAGGAAUUACCAACGCUGACAUCUCCAGAACAAAGGCUCUGAUUAAGGUCCACCUGCCCUGAUGGAUUAUACACUUGAGCCCAAUGUGACAGCAAUUACUGACGACUACUAUCCUGGUAUCUUCUCAAGCCCCUGCGAUGGGGAACUUAUCCAGAGGGACAGCAAGUUGCUUCUUGCCAUCUUUUAUUGCCUUCUGUUUGUAUUUGGUCUUCUGGGAAACAGCCUGGUCAUCCUGGUCCUUGUGGUCUGCAAGAAGCUGAGGAGCAUCACGGAUGUGUACCUCUUGAACCUGGCCCUGUCCGACCUGCUCUUUGUCUUCUCCUUCCCCUUUCAGACUCACUAUCAGCUGGACCAGUGGGUGUUUGGGACUGUGAUGUGCAAAGUGGUCUCUGGCUUUUAUUACAUUGGCUUCUUCAGCAGCAUGUUCUUCAUCACCCUCAUGAGCGUGGACAGGUACCUGGCUAUUGUCCACGCCGUGUAUGCCAUAAAAGUGAGGACAGCCAGAAUGGGCACAGCCCUGAGCCUGGUAGUAUGGCUGACUGCCAUUAUGGCCACCAGCCCACUGCUAGUAUUUUACCAAGUGGCCUCUGAAGACGGUGUUCUACAGUGUUAUUUGUCUUACAAUCAGCAGACUUUGAAGUGGAAGAUCUUCACCCACUUCGAAAUGAACAUCUUAGGCCUGUUGAUCCCAUUCACCAUUCUUCUGUUCUGCUACAUUAGCAUCCUGUACCAGCUGAGGAGGUGCCAGAACCACAACAAGACCAAGGCCAUCAAGUUGGUGCUCAUUGUGGUCAUUGCAUCUUUACUCUUCUGGGUCCCAUUCAACAUGGUCCUCUUCCUCACGUCCCUGCACAAUAUGCACGUCUUGGAUGGGUGUGUCCUGAGCCAGCAGCUGAUUUAUGCCACCCAUGUCACAGAAACCAUUUCCUUCACUCACUGCUGUGUGAACCCUAUUAUCUAUGCUUUCAUGGGUGAGAAGUUCAAGAAACACCUCUCAGAAAUAUUUCAGAAGAGUCGUAGCCACAUCUUCCUCUACAUAGGAAGACAAAUGCCCAGGGAGGCCUGGGAAAGGCCGCCGUCCUUCCAUCAGCACUCCUCCCAUUCCUCCAGCACAGACUACAUUUUGUGAGGAUCGGUGAAGAGGAAAUAUAAAAACACUUUCUUGAGCAGCACGCUAGCAGCAGUGAACAGAGGUGUGAAUGUGGAAGGUUUUCCAAAAGAGUUUAGCGGGAAGGAUGCUGUAUAUGCUGUUGCCAACAUUUGGAACGGAGACUAAAGACACAGUGGUGCCUGCCUGGCCUGGUCUGUGACUAUGUUUAGUGAUGAUGAUGGACAAGGUGGUGACUUUAAAGUAUUCUGUAUGUCAGGUGAGAAAAAAUGAUGUCUGACCUCCUUAUAUAU